AGACAGACACACUGGGAGACACACACACACACCGGGCCCAGUCAGCCCUUCCCUGGGUCUCCUCCUCCUGGGGCUGCCCGGGAAAGCUGCAUACCCGCACACCCCAGGGCAGGGUCCAGCCCGACCCCCUCCCCUUCUCCCCUCCUCCCCCUCCCGGUCUCCUCCUUCUGCUGCUGCUACUGCUGCUGCCGCCGCCGCCGCCGCUGCCGCCGCCGCCGCCGCCGCCGGGGGAGGAUUCAUGUUCCUCCAGCAUCAUGCAGCCGCCGCCGAGGAAGGUGAAAGUUACACAGGAACUGAAAAAUAUUCAGGUUGAACAGAUGACAAAACUUCAGGCCAAACAUCAGGCAGAAUGUGAUUUACUUGAAGAUAUGAGGACAUUCAGUCAGAAGAAGGCUGCAAUUGAGAGAGAAUAUGCACAGGGCAUCCAGAAAUUGGCUAGUCAGUACCUGAAGAAAGAUUGGCCUGGAAUAAAAGCUGACGAGCGGAAUGAUUACAGGAGCAUGUAUCCUGUUUGGAAAUCAUUUUUAGAGGGAACUUUGCAGGUGGCCCAAUCCCGAAUCAAUAUCUGCGAAAACUAUAAAAAUCUUAUUUCAGAACCUGCCAGGACAGUGAGAAACUUAAAAGAACAACAGCUAAAAAGGUGUGUGGACCAGUUGACAAAGAUCCAAACUGAGUUACAAGAGACAGUGAAAGAUUUAGCUAAAGGCAAAAAGAAGUACUUUGAGACAGAACAGAUGGCUCAUGCGGUCCGAGAAAAAGCUGACAUUGAGGCCAAGUCCAAACUUAGUCUUUUCCAGUCAAGAAUCAGUUUACAAAAGGCAAGUGUAAAGUUAAAAGCCCGGCGGUCAGAGUAUAAUUCCAAAGCUACUCAUGCCAGGAAUGACUAUCUUCUCACAUUAGCUGCUGCUAAUGCACACCAGGACCGUUACUAUCAAACUGAUUUAGUGAACAUUAUGAAGGCCCUUGACGGGAAUGUAUAUGAUCAUCUGAAGGAUUAUUUAAUAGCAUUCAGCAGGACUGAGCUAGAGACAUGCCAAGCUAUACAGAAUACAUUCCAGUUUUUAUUGGAAACCUCAAGCAGGGUGGUGCGGGAUUACAAUCUUCAGCUGUUUUUACAAGAGAAUUCUGUGUUUCAUAAACCACCACCUUUCCAGUUCCAUCCCAGUGACAGUGAUACCAGCCGACAGUUGGAAUCUGAAACAGGCACCACAGAGGAACACAGCUUAAACAAGGAGGCCCGGAAGUGGGCUACAAGAGUGGCCCGAGAGCACAAAAACAUCAUCCACAACCAACGGGCCCUGGAAGAAUUAGAAUGUCAUGGUGUUGCUGUGUCAGAACAAAACCGAGCAGAACUGGAACAGAAGAUAGAUGAAGCCAGAGAAAGUAUUCGUAAGGCAGAGAUAAUUAAGCUGAAAGCUGAAGCACGCCUAGACCUCCUGAAACAGAUUGGGGUUUCUGUAGACACGUGGCUGAAGAGUGCAAUGAACCAAGUGAUGGAGGAGUUGGAAAAUGAACGCUGGGCCAGCCUUCCUGCAGUGGCCAAUAAUGGCUCCCUGCACUUGCUCAGUGUGGAUGCAGAAAGAGAAGAAGGAGAAGAAUUCGAGGACAACAUGGAUGCAUUUGAUGAUAGCAGUUCCAGUCCAUCGGGUACCCUACGGAACUAUCCGCUGACCUGCAAAGUUGUCUAUUCAUACAAGGCAUCUCAGCCAGACGAGCUGACGAUUGAGGAGCAUGAGGUGUUAGAAGUGAUUGAAGAUGGAGAUAUGGAAGACUGGGUAAAGGCCCGAAACAAAGUUGGCCAGGUGGGUUACGUGCCCGAGAAGUAUCUGCAGUUCCCUACAUCUAACAGCCUCCUGAGCAUGCUGCAGUCCCUGGCUGCACUAGACAGCCGCUCUCACACGUCCAGCAAUUCAACUGAGGCAGAACUCGUUUCCGGGAGCCUCAAUGGAGAUUCCAGUGUCUGUUUUGUUAAAGCACUUUAUGACUAUGAAGGCCAGACAGAUGAUGAACUAUCCUUUCCUGAGGGAGCUAUCAUCCGCAUCUUGAACAAGGAGAACCAAGAUGAUGAUGGUUUCUGGGAAGGGGAAUUCAAUGGACGCAUUGGCGUUUUCCCAUCGGUGCUUGUGGAAGAACUUUCAGCCUCAGAAAAUGGUGAUACUCAGUGGGUGAGAGAGAUUCAGAUCUCUCCCUCCCCCAAGCCGCACAAUUCUCUGCCUCCACUGCCGCUCUAUGACCAGCCACCCAGCAGCCCCUCCCCCAGCCCUGACAAGAGGACCUCGAGGUACUUCCCCAGGUCUCCAUCCAUGAAUGAAAACAGCUUCAGCUCAGACUCUCCCGGCUUCUCUCAGCCCCCGAGACACACACCGGAGGCCUCCUACGGCAAACUGCGCCCUGUACGAGCUGCACCCCCUCCUCCCACUCAGAGCCACCGCCGGCCCACAGAAAAGAUGGAGGACGUGGAGAUCACACUAGUGUGAUGCCGGGACUCUCACAGAGCACAUCUGCCCCACAGUCACGGCCCACCCGGUCCAGUUUGGCCAGGCUCAUUUUUUUAAGGCACCUUUGCAUGAAGAUGACUCUAUUAAGAAGCAGGAACAAGGGAGGAUGUUGUGUGCAGCAUCGGCCUGCCCUUUUCCUCCCCUCAGUCAUGAAGAUUCUGUGCCUUUGCUUGUUGUUUUCUGUGAGUCAUCUCUCCUUCCAGAGCACAAGCCCAGAGUGGCAAAUGGCCCUGGCCAGGCAGGCACACCUGCAACUUGGGGCAAGCUCUUGGCCAUGUGUGUGGCCUGCUCCCAGGCCCCUCCUGUCAUAUGUGCUAGUACAGUAUAUUACUGUGGCCAUAGGAAUGUGUUACAGACUUGCCCAGACCCCCAAGCACCAUCACCCAUGUGAUGAGUGAUGAAGAUGAAUCAGGUUCUCCAGCCUCAGAAGAGGGGCAGAAGCACAGGGCUCGGGUGGGAGGGCUGGCUCCUCAUCACAGUCCCUGGCACGUCACAGGAUGGGUCACGCUGCCAGCCCCAAAAGGCCUCAGUGCCCUUGGUGUUCCUUUUCCUGCUACUUGUCUAGUAGUCACAGCCUGCCCUCCCACCCCGCCCCCCAGCUGGGGAAGGGGGCAGGACAUUUCAGAGCAGUUCCUCACAUCAAGGAGAGAGGCCUCAUCUCCAUAGGAAAGCCCCACCUGGCUGACCUCCCCUUACUGAGUAUUUGCCUCAUGCCUAUUGGAGCACCCACCCUGACCUGUCAUCACCAUGGACCUCCCAGAAGCUGCAUCCCAGCCACAACUUGGUCUCGUCAUUGGGUAACCUGGGAGAGGUCAAAGUUCAGGGAACUAAGUGUUAUUUUCUAGUUGGCUCAUCAGCCCAGCAACUGGUUCACAGCAGUGAGUCCGGGGUAGUUGGUCCACUGUGGCCUUGAGGCAGCAGCAUGAACCCUCUGCCUCCUCAGGUCUCAUCAGUGUCCAGAAAAAUUUAACCAGGACCUUGAAGCCCAAGGUGAAAAAGGAGACAUUGCCAUUUGGCCUCAUUUUGGGGCUUGGCACAAAUCCCAACUAAUCAUGCAGUGAAGAAUCCCACCCAACUCCCCGUUACAGAGAGGAACUGUGGCUUCACUAGCAAUACUGACGAGAUCUCAAGUUUCUGGGGAGAAGCAGCUCCCAGGUAUUUAAGGAAAACUAUUUUUGUCUGCACGAUUGGGCAGGAAGCUUUUCUGCCUAAACCAGGAGAUAGAGCAUUGAUGACUUAGCUUAAAAGGGCUGUUGUGGGAGGUUGCUUUGCUUUUACUGUUUUAUUUUUAAAGAAAUCAAUAUUACAUUUCGAUGACAUUCUCUGAACUUUGCACACAAAGAGUCUGACCUCAGAAAAAGAUCUCUGAAGCAGAGAGCGCUUCCCAGGCCCCCAACCAAAAGUCCCGUGUCACCCAAGGAAACGUUCCCUGGACUGCUUCACUUCAUCAGGAACAAGGACUGUGGAUGAAUCUUUUCUGUAUUUUUUGUUCUUUUGAGCCUCUUAACCUGUUGAUCUGUUUGAGGUCUUUUUAUGUGUUUAUCAAACUUAUUCUUAAGUUUAAAAAAAAAGUGUUUUUUAAGAUUUAAAAGUUUGCAGAAACGUUAAAAGCACCAUGAUGCCGAAGUCAAGUAAGUAUCACUCUGCUGUUCUCCUCCUCUUCCUCCAGCCAGUCUGUCUGUCUGUGCCCGCAAAUCAAGGUUCUCCAAAUUGAGAGUGUUAUUGGAAAUCUCUUUAGUUAUAUUUUAAAUAUUUUCUGUAAGAGCUGCUAAUUUUAUUUAAAACAAAAAGUUGUAAAAAUGCCUCCUUUUUAACUAUGACUUGUUCGUACAGGGCACGUACUCCAUGUAUCCCAGUGUACGGUGUCAGUACACUGAGAACACCUGUGCAAGGGCUUCCUCUGUACUGGCUGUAAAAAGUUUGUAUUUAUUAUGUAUAAAAUGUUGAAUAAUAAAAAAGUGGAAUUAA